GGCCAUGCCAAUGUCGUGCGCGUCGUUGACGUCCGUCUGGAUACGUCCGUCUCGCUCGCACGUCCGAGCGCGCGCGGCGCAUGCGCGUCGUGCGUUCGAGGUAUCGAUAAGACGCGCGCGGGCGACCUUGACACGACGCGCACGGCGGAGAAGUUAUUGUUACUGGGCACGCGGAUCAUCACCCCUCCAAGGGGGAUGGGGGGAGGAAGAUGCACCGUUACGUCUUUAGGAAAGAAGGGACAAGAUUUAAUCAAGUCGCGAAAUUUUGCGGAUGAGAGAGAAAGAGAGGUUUCGUUAUUACGUAGAAUUUGGCGACUGAAGAGAUUUAUCACGAUUCUCUGGCGUGUUGCCGAGUAUCUUGCCACGUGUCCGAGAGUAACUAUUAACGUGCGAGAUUAGUUUUUUCCUGUUAUUCGUAACGUACUUUUGAAGAACGUUCGAUAUUAUCGCUUUCGCGACUAUUGUAAACGAUCUUUUUCCUUCCUUUAAAUAUCUCGAAUUACAAAUGCACAUUUUUUGUCACUCAUAUAAUUAGGGAAUUAAUUAAUGCGUAUAUAUUAUUAUUCAUAAAUUCGCGGAGCGUCGAUAAAUUGUAGAAGUGGAAAGUUUUACCAAGAAAAACAUUUAGUCCGAUGCACAUACACAUAAAUUUGUUACGGGUGCGAAAAACAUGACAUAAUGCACACCGCAAGAUUUGAGAUAAAGUAUCUCUCGUAUCUCUGCCAACCGUUUGCGUUGACAAACUUAUUGGUGAUAUUAUAUUUAUAAACUGACGACAUUUAUAUAUAUAUAAAAGACGUGCUAAAUCACAUCAAGUAAAUUAUUCGAGAGAACAGAUAAAAAUAAAAGAGCACAUAAAUUAUUGAUGAGAUUCUCUAUCUUUUCCCAUUACUUUUCAGCUCAUCAGGAUAUUUAUCUUCAUUAAUUAGCUCGCGAUGGCGCCGAAAAAAGCGAUAUAAAGAGACCGCGUAGAGAGGACAGAGGGGGAACAACGGAGACAGAUUAGAUUUAGAUCGCAGAUCGGUUUCUUCGCCCUUCUCUCCCUUCCCACGGCACAACGAAAGCAGAGACGAAUGUAUAGGCAGAAAAAUCUAGGACAGUGAAAAUCAGCUUGUAUAUUUGUAGAAUGAAACGAGAGCACCGCGCGAAUUGAUCGCCAGUUAGGUCUGAAAAACGAAGAAACUCCCUCAAGAUGUGAAUCCGAAGGGUGUAUUUGCCUGCAAUGAACUCGACUUAAAAGAAGUUCAGGUCUAUGGAUUUGAUUACGAUUAUACGCUGGCCUGUUACAAGCCAUCCAUGGAUUAUUUGCUUUACAAUCUGGGACGCGAUAUGCUCAUUAAAAAAUACAAGUAUCCAGAGGGAAUUGCCAAUCUAGAAUACAGAGAAAAUUUUGCCGUCCGCGGCCUCCAUUACGACAUCGAAAAGGGUCUCCUGCUAAAGCUCGACAGCUUCUUGCAAAUUCAAUUGGGUGCCGUUUAUCGUGGUUUGCAUCCUGUACCCGACGAUGAGGUCCUCCGAGUCUACAAAAAUAGAAUAAUACCGAUAGCUUAUGUGGAGGCGCCACACAAGCACUCUCACAAAAAUGCUGUGCAUCGCACGAAAAUGAUUCAACUAGCCGAUUUGUUUUCGGUGCCGGAAAUGAGUUUAUUGUGCAACGUUACGGAAUAUUUUCUGCAAAAUCACAUUGAUUAUCAUCCAGAGAUAUUAUUUAGAGAUGUUAAGAAUUCUGUGCAAAGCUGCCAUCCUAUAAUGCAUCAACUAGUGGUGGAAAACGUGUCCGAGUAUCUAGAACAGAAUAAAGAUUUAAGGAGAUUUUUCGAGCGACUUCACAAAGCCAACAAGAAAAUGUUCUUGGUCACAAACAGUCCUUUUCAUUUUGUUAAUAAGGGUAUGCAAUUUUUGGUCGGUGAAAAUUGGAAAGACUAUUUCGAUGUAGUGAUUGUUCAAGCAAGGAAACCAAGAUUUUUUACAGAAGAAUCGCGCCCUUUGAGAAUUUACGAUGAAGUUAAACAAACGCAAUUAUGGGAUCGAGUCACUAAACUCAACAAAGGUGUUGUAUAUCUUGAAGGAACAGUUAAACAGCUUCAAGAUAUAACUGGAUGGCGAGGACAUCAAGUGUUAUAUUUUGGCGAUCAUCCAUACAGCGAUUUAGCGGAUGUAACUUUAGAACAUGGUUGGCGAACGGGUGCGAUAAUCAAAGAAUUAACGCACGAAAUCGAAACCUUGAACGAUCCAAAGUUUAAAGAAAACGCUAACUGGCUUCAGAUGUUAACUGGUGUAAUCGAGGAACAUCAAGAUUAUGAAGGAGCCGAAGUACAAGAAGAGCUAGGUGAAUGGAUGAAGGAACGAGAUCAAUUGAGAAACGAGAUCAAAUCGGUCUUCAACAAACAAUUUGGCUCAGUAUUCAGAACAUAUCACAAUCCGACUUAUUUUUCCAGAAGACUGUUUAGAUUUGCCGACAUUUACAUGAGCUCAAUCACAAAUCUUUUAGAAUAUUCCACGAGUCAUACAUUCUAUCCUAGAAGAGGUGUAAUGCCUCAUGAAUAUACCAGUUACUUUAUGUAAAGCUUUAGUAUUUUAAAAAAUAAAUAUUAAUUAUUGUUCUUAUGUGAGUAGCAAACGCUUUUGGAGCGUACAAUCAAAAUAUUUCGCAUUAAAUGUUGAAUCGAUAAUAAUAGAUUUUCAAUUAUAAGUUAAAAACUGAUUUAUUUAAAAUGUCAUAAUAUAGAAGUUUAUAAUUUCGAAACGAUGAGGAUUUGCCUCACACAUAUAUACCUUAAUAGGUAUAUGUAUGCAUGAUUAUAUGCAUACAUGCAAUGUAAAUCUAUAUCGAUCAACGUUAAUGUGCUUUUACAGCCACAUAGUUAUAACUAAUUUGCAUUGGAAUAUAAUGUAUGUAAAUGCGAUGAAAUGAGCUAUAUAGAUUACGAAGGC